UCAUAAUCACAUCUGUGGACUGCGGAGUGAAAUUCUGAAUUAAAUUUUUUCCACGAUAAUUCGGCUUACACCCGAAUAACGAUGGCUUUCGGUGAUUAUCCUAAAGAAUAUAAUCCUGCCGUUCAUGGGCCCUAUGAUCCGGCCCGGUAUUAUGGAAAGCCUGAUACUCCUUUCGGACAACUUAAGUUGAAUGAAAUUGGAUCAUGGUUUGGUCGUAGGAGCAAGACUCCUUCAGCAUUUAUGGGAGCUUGCAGUAGAGCUUGGUGGAGGUGGCAGCAUAAGUAUGUUCAACCCAAGAAAGUUGGUAUUGCUCCAUUUUUCCAGCUGCUAGUUGGAUCAAUGACUUUCUUCUAUGCUAUCAACUACGGCAAAAUGAAGCACCACAGGAACUACAAGUACCACUAAACUAUGAAACAACCAUAUUAUGUCAUGCAAUAUUUGUUAUAUUUAUGUUUAAAGUAUGUGCAUGAAGCAAAUCUAGGAUGCAUUAAUUAAAAACAAUAAAAUUAGAUUCAAACUA